AUGGAGGCAGCCUUGGAGCCAGCGGCAGCACCGGAGCUGGAGCCGUCAGCAGCCCUGGAGACGGAGGCAGCCUCAGAGCCAGCGGCAGCACCGGAGCUGGAGCCGUCAGCAGCCCUGGAGACGGAGGCAGCCUCAGAGCCAGCGGCAGCACCGGAGCUGGAGCCGUCAGCAGCCCUGGAGACGGAGGCAGCCUUGGAGCCAGCGGCAGCACCGGAGCUGGAGCCGUCAGCAGCCCUGGAGACGGAGGCAGUCCCGGAGACAGCGGCAGCACCGGAGCUAGAACCGUCAGCAGCACCGGAGCUGGAGCCGUCAGCAGCCCUGGAGAUGGAGGCAGCCUUGGAGCCAGCGGCAGCACCGGAGCUGGAGCCGUCAGCAGUCCCGGAGCCAGCGGCAGCACCGGAGCUGGAGCCGGCCGAGCCGGCCGCCAUCAGGGAGCAGGAGCAGCCGCCUCCACAGCAGCUGCCGCCGCCUCAGCAGCCGGAGCCGGGGCGGAGCGGGAUACUUCGGCUGGCACGCAGUCCGGGCCUGAGUCCGCCGGGACCUAGCGGCACGGCCGCUGCCAUCGAGCAGCCGCCCACCGCUUUGGCGCCGGUCAUCCCGAUCCCGGGACCUAGCGGCACGGCCGCUGCCACCCACCGCUUUGGCGCCGGUCAUCCCGAUCCCGGUAAGUGUUUGGAAAGAGAACAGUCUUUUUGA